CAGACUGAAAUUUUCGAGGGUAGGGCAAAGGAGUAGGGGAAAUCUCGGAGAGAGCAGCCACUGCCGUCAAAGCGUUGAAUCGAAACACAAGACGAGUUAUUAUUCAGAGUCGACAUUUUUCAACAAAUCUCGAGUAUCAGAGUUGUAAAUCAUGGCUCGUACCAAGCAGACAGCCCGUAAAUCAACUGGAGGAAAAGCUCCCCGUAAACAGCUUGCUACUAAAGCUGCCCGAAAAAGCGCACCUUCAACUGGAGGAGUGAAAAAACCCCAUCGUUAUAGGCCAGGAACAGUUGCUCUUCGUGAAAUCAGAAGAUAUCAGAAAUCCACAGAGUUGCUGAUCAGGAAAUUGCCGUUUCAGCGUUUAGUUCGUGAAAUAGCGCAGGACUUCAAAACUGAUUUACGUUUUCAAAGUGCAGCCAUUGGAGCUUUGCAGGAAGCUUCUGAAGCUUACCUAGUUGGUUUGUUUGAAGACACUAACUUGUGCGCUAUCCACGCUAAGCGGGUAACCAUCAUGCCCAAGGAUAUACAGUUGGCUCGACGAAUCCGUGGCGAGCGCGCUUAAAAAAAAAGCAGCUUACUUUCACGCAUACCGUUUAUUACCAUUAUUAAUGUUCACUACUCGAUCUAUAGUCUUGUAUUCUUCAUUGUAUCGAAUGUUUCAGAUAUUAUACCAAAUUCAUUCGUUUGUAUUCUGGACGCAAAGGUUGUAACAAAAUUCAUACUAACAUUAUAUAUAGACAUUGUCACACCGAACAGCUCUACAUAUUCAUAUACCACUGUUGAUGCCUUUUUUCACGUGUCGCUGUUGACAUGUUUUUGCUUUUGGUCACCUAUAAAAUGAGAAAAAAAUAACGUGAUUGGUGUCAGCAACUACAGCUUCAAUUUGUUCAAUUAUCCAAUCAAUGUUUGCUCAUUAGCUUGAAUAUCUUACUGUCUAACGAAUUGCCACUUAUUUUUUUUGUGUGUAGUCUUGAAGCUCCUCCAUAGUAUAGAUUCCCAUUUGGUAUGAAUGUUGGACAGUAUCAAUGAUAUUCAAGAAUAUCAUUGAAACACUAUAACAUUAUGUAAGCGUACGUUAGAAUUAAGUAUUUCCUUAUAUAGCAUUCUAUAUCAUUUAUCUUAUUCUCACAUUUGGUUACCUUAUAAGUUACGUAUUUGACUUUCAUUAUCUUUCUGUGUUUAUCCACUGUGCAGAGUACAUUUCAUAAAUAAAAACACUCAAAAUUCAAA